AGAUAUAUGAAAAUAAUUAUGUGCUUUUUGGUCUUACUUUAAGGUUAUGUCUUGGCAUAAGGUUAGCAGUGUGGUUAAGGUUAGGGUUAAUGUUAGGUUUAAUAUCACAUUUUAAGAAGAUCAAUUGUAGAAAUGGGCGGAGUUUAUGACUUUGUGACUGUGGUAGCUAGUGACGACCAAAACAUUGGUCAACGUGUGGUUGCUUUUGAGAAUCAAAUGACAGAAUUAUCCUUAUUUUCUUUACUCCAAAAAUGAAUACUCACUUAUGAAAGUGUUUGGAGCAAUAGUAGAGGACAACAGCAAAGACGAACGAAGCAGAUGUAUGUACAAAUAGCUAGCUAUCAAGAAUUUGCUCCUGAAUGCCACAACCUCAAACAGUCUAAAUAGCCCAAAACUCUCUCCCCUAGAGAAGGGACCAGUGCCAGGCAAUCAUGGGACCCUCAGUACUCUUUCCGCUUCUCCACGGCUUGUCCUCCCCCUUACGAACUGUCACCCCAACAUGGGGCCGAUGGCUCCUCCGCCAGCUACACCCACCAUCCUGCACUCGUACCCCUUGUACCCCCUCAUUCCCUGGGCUUAACUCCCAACACAUCCGUGGUAUGUGUGUGGAAUCCACCCUCAGCUACAUCAAGGAGCUGAGUCCACCAGAGCAGAGGCUGUUGAAUAAGCUGUAUGAAGGACUGAUCUCAGGUCAGCGGGCCAGUCUGGCUGAGUCCAUUACCCUGGUGGAGACCCAGCAUCCCAGAAAGAAAGAGCUGGCCCAGGUCCUGCUGCAGAGAGUACUGGCUCACAGGAAGGAGCAGGAGAAACAGAACGGAGGGAAACCCCUGGCCUUCAGAGUGGGUCUGUCUGGCCCACCCGGAGCUGGAAAGUCCACCUUCAUCGAGGUGGUGGGGAAGAUGCUCACAGGACAAGGACAUAAAGUCUCUGUUCUGGCUGUCGACCCCUCAUCAUGCACUACAGGAGGGUCUCUGAUGGGUGACAAGACUCGUAUGACUGAGCUCUCCAGAGACAUGAGUGCUUUCAUCAGACCCUCCCCCACCUCUGGAACACUGGGAGGAGUCACCCGGACCACCAAUGAGGCCAUAGUACUGUGUGAGGGGGGUGGCUACGACAUCGUUCUGGUAGAAACUGUAGGUGUAGGCCAGUCAGAGUUUGCUGUGGCUGACAUGGUGGACAUGUUUGUGUUGCUGAUCCCACCAGCAGGGGGCGAUGAACUACAGGGCAUUAAGCGAGGCAUCAUCGAGAAGGCAGAUCUGGUGGUGGUCACUAAAGCAGACGGAGACCUGUUAGUACCAGCCAGGAGAAUCCAGGCAGAGUAUACCAGCGCUCUGAAACUGCUCAGGAAGAAAUCAAAGUCCUGGAACCCUAAGGUAGUGCGUGUGUCAUCCCAGACAGGCGAGGGUGUAGCAGAGCUGUGGGGUAAGAUGGAGGCCUUCCGCUCAGCCACUCUGUCCAGCGGGGACUUCCAGGACAGACGUAGGGCCCAGCACAAGGUGUGGAUGUGGAGCCUGAUCCAGGAGAAUGUCCUGAGGCACUUCCAGGAACACCCUACCGUCAGGGGGGAGCUACCCCAGCUAGAGGACAGGGUCACCAGGGGAGCUAUAUCACCGGGCCUGGCGGCUGAUCUGUUACUGAAGGCCUUCACCUCUUCUUCAUCAUCUUCCUCCUCACAGUGACCUAGCUGAAGUGGAGAUCUAAUACCAACAGCAUUAUCCAUAUACUGUAAUAUUGAUUACUCUUCUCGCCUUGUCUCUCAGGUCACUGCUCUGUAAGGACGAUUGAUUGUUGAUGAGAGAAGGGAAGGAAUUCUAGGUCUUGGUCCCCCUCCCAAUCCCACACACACAACACACUGCCUUCAAAUUGAAACACUGACCUACUUCCUCAUACAAGAGACUUGACAUUGCAGUUUAUCGGUUUAUACUUGAAGAGUAUCAAUGGAUGCAGUUUUAUAGAUUUGAUCAUAAUCAAUGAGUUGAAUAAAUUAUUAAAUUAAUUAUAUAGUGGUGGGCGUUUUCUGUUGCUGAAAUGUUUGUGUGGGGACGUAGAUGCUGAACCAGGGCUAGGAAGCUUUGUGUGGGGACGUAGUUGCUGAACCAGGGCUAGGAAGCUUUGUGUGGGGAGAUUGGAAACCCAAAUUGGUCUACACGGACAAGUUCUGGCCUGGUUUAGAUCUUAUCUGUCGGAAAGAUAUCAGUUUGUCUCUGUGAAUGGUUUGUCCUCUGACAAAUCAACUGUACAUUUCGGUGUUCCUCAAGGUUCCGUUUUAGGACCACUAUUGUUUUCGCUAUAUAUUUGACCUCUUGGGAAUGUCAUUCGAAAACAUAAUUAACUUAACUUUCACUGCUAUGCGGAUGACACACAGCUGUACAUUUCAAUGAAACAUGGUGAAGCCCCAAAAUUGCUAGAAGCCUGUGUUUCAGACAUAAGGAAGUGGAUGGCUGCAAACUUUCUACUUUUAAACUGACAAAACAGAGAUGCUUGUUCUAGGUCCCAAGAAACAAAGAGAUCUUCUGUUGAAUCUGACAAUUAAUCUUAAUGGUUGUACAGUUGUCUCAAAUAAAACUGUGAAGGACCUCGGCGUUACUCUGGGCCCUGAUCUCUCUUUUGACGAACAAGGACAGCUUUUUUACAUCUACGUAACAUUGUCAAAAUCAGAAACUUUCUGUCCAAAAAUGAUGCAGAAAAAUUAAUCCAUGCUUGUGUUACUUCUAGGUUAGACUACUGCAAUGCUCUACUUUCCGGCUACCCGGAUAAAGCACUAAAUAAACUUCAGUUAGUGCUAAAUACGGCUGCUAGAAUCCUGACUAGAUCCCAAAAAUGUGAUCAUAUCACUCCAGCGCUAGCCUCCCUACACUGGCUUCCUGUUAAGGCAAGGGCUGAUUUCAAGGUUUUACUACUAACCUAUAAAGCAUUACAUGGGCUUGCUCCUACCUAUCUCUCUGAUUUGGUCCUGCCGUACGCUACGGUCACAAGACGCAGGCCUCCUAAUUGUUCCUAGAAUUUCUAAGCAAACAGCUGGAAGCAAGGCUUUCUCCUAUAGAGCUCCAUUUCUAUGGAUGGUCUGCAUACCCAUGUGAGAGACGUAGACUCGGUCUCAACCUUUAAGUCUUUACUGAAGACUCGUCUCUUCAGUGGGUCAUAUGAUUGAGUGUAGUCUGGCCAAGGAGUGUGAAGGUGAACGGAAAGGCUCUGGAGCAACGAACCGCCCUUGCUGUCUCUGCCUGGCCGGUUCCCCUCUUUCCACUGGGAUUCUCUGCCUCUAACCCUAUUACAGGGGCUGAGUCACUGGCUUGCUGGUGCUCUUUCAUGCCCUCCCUAGGAGGGGUGCGUCACUUGAGUGGGUUGAGUCACUGACGUGAUCUUCCUGUCUGGGUUGGUGCCCCCCCUGGGUUGUGCCAUGGCAGAGAUCUUUGUGGGCUAUACUCGGCCUUGUCUCAGGAUGGUAAGUUGGUGGUUGAAGAUAUCCCUCUAGUGGUGUGGGGGCUGUGCUUUGGCAAAGUGGGUGGGGUUAUAUCCUUCCUGUUUGGCCCUGUCCGGGGUGUCCUCGGAUGGGGCCACAGUGUCUCCUGACCCCUCCUGUCUCAGCCUCCAGUAUUUAUGCUGCAAUAGUUUAUGUGUCGGGGGGCUAGGGUCAGUUUGUUAUAUCUGGAGUACUUCUGUCUUAUCUGGUGUCCUGUGUGAAUUUAAGUAUGCUCUCUCUCAUUCUCUCUUUCUCUCUCUCGGAGGACCUGAGCCCUAGGACCAUGCCUCAGGACUACCUGGCAUGAUGACUCCUUGCUGUCCCCAGUCCACCUGGCCGUGCUGCUCCUCCAGUUUCAACUGUUCUGCCUGCGGCUAUGGAGCCUGACCUGUUCACCGGACGUGCUACCUGUCCCAGACCCGCUGUUUUCAACUCUAGAGACAGCGGGAGUGGUACAGAUACUCUUAAUGAUCGGUUAUGAAAAGCCAACUGACAUUUACUCCUGAGGUGCUGACUUGCUGCACCCUCGACAACUACUAUGAUUAUUAUUAUUUGACCAUGCUGGUCAUUUAGAAACAUUUUAACAUCUUGGCCAUGUUCUGUUAUAAUCUCCACCCGGCACAGCCAGAAGAGGACUGGCAACCCCUCAUAGCCUGGUUCCUCUCUAGGUUUCUUCCUAGGUUUUGGCCUUUCUAGGGAAUUUUUCCUAGCCACCGUGCUUCUACACCUGCAUUGCUCGCUGUUUGGGGUUUUAGGCUGGGUUUCUGUACAGCACUUUGAGAUAUCAGCUGAUGUACGAAGGGCUAUAUAAAUACAUUUUAU